AUGGUGGUUGGAAUUCCGAAGCUUUCUCGGUCGAGCUCUGUUCACCGGAGCUUGGAACCAAUGAAGAAGAAGACCAUGAGUAGUGUCAAAUUCGUGACCAUUUUUCGAAAUCCCUCCUCCAAUAUCAGUAACUCAGGGACAAAUCGGUCAUUUCGUGUCACGGCUUCCGAUCACCGGUCUGAACAAGCCGAUGACGGUCGAGGAAUCCAGGAGGAUUUAAACUACCUGUUGAAGCUUGGAGUUGGUUCAGUGGCAGGUGCAGCUAUAAUCAAAUACGGUAGCGUUUUGGUCCCAGAGAUCACAAGACCUAAUCUCACUCAAGCACUCUUCAUUAUAAUCGCUCCUGUUGUAAUCUCUGUUAUCCUCUUGUUCCGGUCAUCUUCUUCCAAGAACCAGAACUGA